GGCGGAUUACGAGCCACCCAGAACAAGCUGUCGGACAUAAACAGCCGUACAAAACUAUCCGUAAAACAGAAGCUGAUGGUUAAAAAGCUGAUCACCCCGGAAGACCUGCAGAGCGUCUGCGUCCGUCUGUUUAGCAACCAGAUGAUGCAGAGCGUGGUGCACAGCAUUGACUUCACGAGGCCCGGAACCGCCUCCACGAUGUUAAGAGCAUCAUUGGCUCCUGUGAAAGUGCAAGAAGUGCCCCUCUUGCCCUCCUUGGACUACGAGAAGCUGAAGAAAGACCUGGUUGACGGGAACGACCGACUGAAAGCCUUCUUGCUGCAGGCCCUGCGCUGGCGUUUGACCACCUCCCAUCCCGGUGAGCAGAGGGACACAGUUCUGCAGGCUUAUAUCAACAACGAUCUUCUGGAUUGCUACAGCAACGUUCAGAGAAGCGUGUUGAUGCUGAUACAGUCCAAGAACGAGGUGGUCCGUCAGUAUACAGCCAGGCUGGUCAAUGCCUUUGCCUCUCUGGCUGAAGGUCGCCUCUACCUUUCACAGAACCUCCGGGUGCUCCGACUGCUGGAAGAGAGACUGAAAACCGAAGAGAAGGAUUCUCUUACCCGAGAGAAUGUCCUGGGGGCUCUGCAGAAGCUCAGCCUCAGGCGGGCUAUGCAGUCGGCCAUGAUCAAGGACGGGCUGAUACCGUGGCUGGUGGAGGCGCUGAAGGACACGGACUGCAUGUCGGAUUACACCUUGACCUAUUCCACCGCCUUGCUCAUGAACCUUUGCCUUCGGAGCGCAGGAAAGAAAACGUGUGUGAAAAUUUCAAACGAGGUUCUCAAAGUUCUCUCUGAUCUCCUCGGCCAUGAGCACCACGAGAUACAUUCCUACGUGAACGGGGCCCUGUACAGCAUCCUUGCUCUACCCUCCAUACGAGAAGAAGCCCGAGCAAUGGAAAUGGAAGACAUUCUGCAGUGCUACAUCGAGGAAGGAAACGCCGAUAUGAUCCAGCAGAUUGAGUUCAUCAUCAAGGAGCUUAAAUCAGAGAAGUCGUUGGAUGACAGUGCCGAGUCUGACGACGAGGAGAAGGAAGGCAAUAAUGAAGACCACAACAUCAUGGAGGCUGACCUGGACAAGAAUGAAGCCCUGCAGCCUCUGGAGGGAGAGCUGUCUGGAGAGAAGCUCUUGACCACAGAAUACUUGGGAAUAAUGACCAACACACCGAAAGUAAAGAAGCCGUUUCCCGGCAUCCACCAGAGUAUCGACGAACCUCUCCAAAGGCCCGUGACGCCCGGUUUUCACAGGGCUGCCUACCCGAC